UUGAGAAAGUUGCCGCCUGAGUGAGCCACCGCAUUCUUUCCUUUUGUGACAUCGUUUUUCAGAAAUUAACAGAAAUGAGCACAAAACCAGCAAAAGUUCAUAAGAAAAAGAGGGAACCGCUACCAUCGGUCCAGGUUUUCGGCAGAAAGAAAUCUGCAACCGCAGUUGCAUAUUGCAAACGUGGUAGAGGGAAUUUGAGGGUAAAUGGCCGUCCUUUGGAACGCGUUGAACCCAAAAUGUUGCAAGACAAAUUGCAAGAACCCAUCUUGUUGUUGGGAAAGGAAAAAUUUGCUGCAGUUGACAUCAGAGUACGUGUGAAUGGUGGUGGUCAUGUAUCACAAGUGUACGCGAUUAGACAAGCCAUUUCUAAAGCUUUGGUAGCCUAUUAUCAAAAAUAUGUUGAUGAAGCUUCAAAGAAAGAAUUAAAAGAUAUCUUAAUUCAGUAUGAUCGUACAUUGCUCGUAGCUGAUCCCAGAAGGUGCGAACCCAAAAAGUUUGGUGGUCCAGGUGCUCGUGCGCGCUAUCAAAAAUCGUACCGUUAAGAUUUUACAACUCUUUUGUUGUAUUAAUAACUACAAUAAACAAAAUUUAUAAUUAA